AAGGAUAAUUUUUUUUUCCUCCACAAAGUUGCCAACUUUAAAAUGAUUCCGAUCAAUUUAAGCCACCCCGCCGUAACGGUACCGGCGAUUCCGUCGACAUCUUCCGUCUCCGUUUCCUCCUAUCUCCGAUUGAUAGACACGCAAUGCACCACAAUGAGAGACCUCAAGCAAAUCCACGCCAACCUCAUUAAAACCGGUUUAAUCUCCGACACCAUUGCCGCGAGCCGCGUCCUCGCCUUCUCCUGCGCCGCCACGUCAUCAGACAUCAACCACGCCUACCUUCUCUUCACAAGGAUCAACCCCAAGAACCCGUUCGUGUGGAACACUAUGAUCCGCGGCUUCUCCAAGAGCUCGAUUCCAGAGAAGGCGAUUUCGCUUCUCGUCGAAAUGUUGUCGUGUUCUGAUUCCGUGAAGCCGGAGAGAUUGACUUACCCUUCGGUGUUCAAGGCCUACGCGAAUCUCGGGAAGGCACGUGACGGGAGGGUGCUGCACGGGAGGGUUAUCAAAGAAGGGCUCAAAGACGACGCCUUUAUACGGAACACGGUGUUGCAUAUGUACGCGACGUGCGGGUGUUUCGACGAAGCUUGGAGGGUUUUCGAGGGGAUGGUGGAGUUCGAUGUUGUUGCUUGGAACUCGAUGAUCAUGGGUUUAGCUAGAUUCGGGUUGGUUGAAGAUGCGCGGAAGCUGUUCGAUGAAAUGUCGCAGAGGAGUGAGGUUACUUGGAAUACGAUGAUUAGCGGGUUUGUGAGGAACGGUAGGUUUAAGGAUGCGUUGGAGGUGUUUGGAGUGAUGCAGGAGAGAAGUGUGAGGCCUGAUGGGUUUACGAUGGUGAGUCUGUUGAAUGCUUGUGGCUGCCUUGGGGGAAGUGAGCAAGGGAGAUGGGUACAUGAGUAUAUAGUGAAGAAUGGGUUUGGGUUGAAUGGUGUAGUUGUGACUGCGCUUAUAGAUAUGUACUGUAAGUCCGGGUGUGUUGAGGAAGGUUUAAAGGUGUUUGAGGAGGCUCAUGAGAAGCAGUUAUCGUGUUGGAACUCGAUGAUUCUUGGUUUAGCUAAUAAUGGGCACGUGGAAAGAGCUAUUGAUUUGUUCUUGGAGAUAGAGCGUUAUGGCUUGGAGCCAGAUUCGGUUAGCUUCAUUGGUGUUUUAACAGCUUGUGCUCACUCCGGGAAAGUACAUAAAGCUAUCGAGUUUUUCAUAUUAAUGAGAGAGAAGUACUUUAUUGAGCCGUCGAUAAAACACUACACUUGCAUGGUUAACGUGCUGGGUGGAGCGGGGCUUCUAGAGGAAGCAGAAGCGAUGAUAAAGAACAUGCCAGUGGAAGAAGACGCUAUUAUAUGGACUUCUUUGCUUUCUGCUUGCAGGAAAAACGGUAACGUUGAGAUGGCUGAGCGAGCAGCGAAAUGUUUGAAGAAGCUUGAUCCAGAUGAAACUUGUGGUUAUGUGCUCAUGUCUAAUGCUUAUGCUUCGUAUGGGCUGUUUGAAGAGGCGGUUGAACAGAGGGUUUUGAUGAAGGAAAGACACAUGGAGAAGGAAAUAGGGUGCAGUUCGAUUGAAGUAGAUUUCGAAGUUCAUGAGUUUGUUUCUUCCGGGAAAAGACAUCCUAAAUCUUCAGAGAUUUACAGCUUACUAGGUGUUUUGAACUGGGAUGCCUCUGUAUUAAGCUCAGAAGUUGGCUACUACUCAAUUUGCUGAAACAACUUUAUCAUUAAAAGAUACUUAGGUACAAACUACAGAGGAAGAUUACUUUUCAGUUCUUUCACCAAACUUAUGGUUUGAUCUUUGAUUCCAAGGUAAAUUAACUAUAUAUGGUACGUUGAUAUGAUGAACCAUGGAGAUAAGAUAGGUUAUGGAUUAAGGCUUGGACAUGGCACGCUGCGCAGCCCCCCAAGAGUAGAUAUCAGAACCCGAGUUUCCAUUAGUGAGCAGGUUCUGAGGCAAUCCAUGAAUGUCAUCUAAGGGACGGGAUCUUCCAUUCUGGUAGUAUUGCUGGUUGUGCAUAGAAGCAGCUUCAUCAUCAUCCAGAGGAAGACGAUCAAACACAGCGUUCAUGAAAGAUGCAGCCAUGAGAACAACGGGACCAGAUGCGAUUAGCCCACCAACCACUCCUCCACCUACAACCUGUCCUUGAGGGCCGGCUAAGUAAAUGGUCAAACCAGUGAUCCCAAGCGGUGCUGGUGGAGGCAGGAUUGAUCCAAGCAACGAGAGGAUCUCGAAACGUCCGUGUAAUGUCACAAUACCUCCUGAUGAAGCUGGCUGCCUUAACGUCACAUUGUUGACGCAACCGUUGGCACUUAGUAUGCAGAGACCUCUCUGUUUCCUUCUUGCGUAAUCCGAUAAAGUCUCGCAGAUGUCAUUACCCGAGCUGAUCUCAACGGCGUGAGCUCUGAGGGAAUUGGGACUGUCGUGAGUGACAAUGAUUGGUGGUUUGGGUUUAUUCUUGGAGCCAGCUGGUCUACCUCGUGGCCUCUUAGCCAUCUCUCCUUCGAUUGAUGAAACUGGUUGAACCGCUUUGGGCAAUGCUUUCAUGUUGUUGUUGUUAGUGCCUCUCUCUGCUACCGCUUCAUGGUUCCUCAGUGGGAGUAGUGACUUGGAUCCUACAGAGGUUGGAGUCAAAGCUGCACCUCCAGCCAUUGUUAUCAAAUUUCAACUGAGAUUUUGUGAGGAGUUUACGGGUGUUAAGUAAGGAGAUUAUGGUGAAUUAUUAUAUGGUAGAGACACCAAAAGAAUGAUUACGAAGAGUAGGAGAUUGUUAAGUUGUCAUCAAAAUUGUGAUUAAUAAUUAACAAAUUAAGUUUCUGGCA